UCCAAGUUUCAAUCGUUCAAAAGGAAUCGACGUUAACCAAUGACCAAAGCCCGUUUACGUCUACGUUAGGGUCAGUUUGCUGAACAGAAAAUAUUUUCCCAACAAAACCCCGUUCAUUUCUAUUGGACUAGCUAGAUGGAGACCUUACUGGAGUCAGACAGUGAGGAGCAAGUCAGAGUUGGAGAGCCACAGGAGGAGGACGACGACCGAGAUCUGAAGGAAACUCUCAGUAAUCUCCAUGUUUCAGCUCCUCAGGAGCUUCUCCUGAAGUUGGACAAGGCAGACGAGCUGUAUCCCGAGUCCUACAGGGUUAACUCCCCCGACGAGACUCGACUGUUGGCCAUCGCCGACAACUUCCAGCGUCAGUAUUCACACUUGUUUCCCAGCCGCAAACCACUGCUGCUCUGCCCUGUCAACGAAUGUGGUGUUAAGAAGUUUGUGUCCAUGACUCUUCGACCCACACCGACAGUCUACCCUGAACUUUUCACCUGGGAGGGCUGCGCCUCAUUUGUGGCUAAUUUCUUGUCUCUGGACCCUUUGGACCCGCCUGUUGACCUGCCCAGGUACCUGUUCUCUUCCACCUCGGUGCUGCAGAGUCAGAGAGCCACAUGUUUUGAAUAUGCCGCCCUGCUGUGCAGCCUGCUGCUUGGCGUCAACUACGACGCUUACUGCGUCAGCGGCUACGCUGUCAAAGAGAUGUGUCUGCUCGACCAGAGCUUGCAGCAGUGCCCCCUGCUGGACACUGAGGUCAAGAGUGUGAUCUCAGAGCAGGGUUCACAGGAGAAUAAAUACACAGUGAGACCUCUUAGGGAGCUGAAGAGUCACUUUCUGAUGCAGCAAGAAAAGAAGAAACAGGAUGCAGAAGCUGCGUUGCUACAGGAACAAAAACUAAAGCAGGAGAGUGAGCAGCGACCUGCGGACCCCCUGCGAGGACUCAGGGUGCACUGUUGGGUGCUGGUGCUGUCAGGGAGUCGGAGCGUCCAGGAGAACUUCUUCAUCGACCCUCUGACCGGGAACAGCUACUCCACUGACAACGACAACUUCCUGGGCAUCGAGAGCGCGUGGAACAAUCUCAACUACUACGUCAACAUGCAGGACUGCAGCGACGGCUGCGCUGAUGUGGUGUAUGACAUGGAAGAUUUAAAGGUGUGGGAGCCAGUCCUGUACGGCGCAACCAGUAAAAAGCAGCUGAUUUCAGAUGUCUUGAAGAAAAAGGAGAGUAAGAUGAUGAGAAAAAUCAGCAAUGAUGAGGAGGAAGAUGAGCAGCCCAAGGCUUUUGAGAUGCCACGAUCCUGGGUCAAUUACAUCACAAUCCAAAAAAAAGACCUGGAGACCCGCUGGCCAGGAGGACAGAAGGUGACCCACUACAGAAAAGCACAGCUGGAGAGGUUUGCACCUUACCUGCGGUCAGACGGCAUGGGCACACGACUGACUGCUUACAAAGACCUGGACUGCACAGAGGUCGUCAUGGUGAAGGAGUGGUAUCAACACAGAAAGGACCACCUGGUGGAGAGGGUGGUCAACAAGGCCAACAACUUAACCACAGAACGCUUCAAACGUGGAAGACGUUUCCACCUUUUAUUUCACAGCUACACCUCUCUGAGCACAGACACAAAGCAUGAGAUGGAGUUUAGCAGUGCUCGUGUUGACGAUCUGGUGCGGAGGGUGGACUCACCAUGUGAAAUGACAGAGUUCUUCGAGGGCCGGAAGGACUUUCUCUACUACCGGCACGUCGUCUUUGUUCAGCUUUCAGAAUCAGAUUUGGGCAUUGAUCCGGAUGACCGACUGCUGGAGAAAGUGGUGGAGCGUUUCCACAGGAACAGAUCCAUACCAGCCAACAAAGACGUGGCCCAGCGAGUGUUCCUAUUGGCUGAAAGACGGAUUGAGCUGACCUAUCACUUAGAGGAUCACCGAUUUAUCUCUUCAAAGAGGAGCUUCAUCAAACCGCGAGAGUCAACAGAAAAUAAGAAGGCCGAGGACUUCACACCUGACAUGGUAUCCAGCUUUCAGGUGGAUCCAUCGGAGAAGCCUCUUAAGACCCUGGCUCUGUAUGAUAUACUGGUGGCUCUGAUGAAGGAUGAGGAGAAGGUGGUUCUCCAAAUCAAAGAGUCUAAGCAAGAGGUCAGAGACAUUGUGGCCUGCAGAGAGCAGGAAGAGAGAGAUGUUCAGCUUGAGUUCUCUCCAUGGACGACAACCGGAGCUGCCAGGGCCCGCAGCCAGAGACAGAAAAUGGAGCUUCUGGCCGCCGAGGAGCAGAGGUGGUUGCAGGAGAAGGAGAAGGAUAUCCUGGCUCCCCUCCUGAUCCGGCUGGACAACGCAGAGACUCUAAGCGCCGGAGACGCCAAGCAUAUCCACCAGGACUGUUUGGCCGAGUUUAAACAGAGACUGGUAGACCACGCCAACCUCAUUCAGGAACGCUAUGAAAAGGAGACUCAAGAGCUGCAGAGUAAACAGCAGUGGUACCAUAAGAACCAGCUCAACAUGACCGAACUGCAGGAGAAAGAGUACCAGACCUACUGCUCUGAGAAAACACUACAAAUACAUGUGGCCAAGAAACGCCUCAUCAUGCACAAGGAAGCAGCUCCUCAGAAGUACCAAACUCUUGAUCAGAAGCUGAAACGAGACCCUCGACUGGCCCCUCAUCUGCUCAGCUGAGCCAGACACCUGCCUUCUUUUUAUACAGUAUAUAUGUAUAUAUGGAGUGUUUGCACACAUUUUGCGCCAGUAGUGGGCAGGUGUGUGCUGUAUUUCUUUAUAAUACAGUCCUUAUAAUACAGUCCAUCUGUGCUGGAUGAUUCUUUAAUCUACCAGUGUUCCAGCUGCACAGUGUGGCAACACAAAAUAACCUGCAAAACAGCAGCAGAAUGCAUUAGCACCAGACUGAAUCAACAGUCGAGCUACAAAGCAGAUUUAAGAUAUUUAUAUAUCUAUAUACUGGAGAAUAUAAUAUUAUCUCUAUUAUCUGUACCCCAUACAGAGCCUUUGGAGCAGCCAAAUACAUUUCAAAUAAUAAAGUUCAAAAACAGAGAGAAUCACUCCAACCAUACUACUCAAUAAAUAUGUUUGUUCCA